AUGGAUUAUCACAUGUAUCAGACAACCUAAAACUUUAAGAUAAAUGAUAAGUACCAAAACGAUUUUUCAGGUACCUACUUCGACAACAGUCUACAAGAGGAAGAUUCAAAAGAUGAAGAAUCUUAUUAAGGAAACUAAACACAAGGAUCAGGUAAUGGAUUUGAAACUCAAACAAAGGGAUUUGACCAGGAAAAUAGCCUUGAUCACUAGAUUUCUAAGUAAUAUCAAACUUAAAAAGUAAAGCAAAAUUACAAUCAAAGAAAAAAUACUCUUGAAAACUCUAAGGACAAGAUAGUGAGCGUCUUCUCCAAUUCUUUUGACGAGAGUGCUCCUAGUCUAGAAUUGAAACCCCAAAGAAACUGUAAGAGUUCAACGAGGAUGAUGAAUAAGACUCAGAAAAGGUAAAAUAUAGUACCGAAUUUCCCAGUCAACUUGAUACAUAAUGUAUCUACUGGAAAUGGCACUUUGACUGCUGGAUCUUUAAAUAGAAAACAAGGAGCUUUCAACAAUUUUAUUAAAAAUAAACAAAUGCAGAGCUCCUAUCAGCAAGCCAUACUGAGUCAGCUAUAAAGAGCUAAUACUUAGAACUCGUUUGACAUGAAGAAUUUCCAAGAUCUAUCAAAUAGAAGUAUGAUUCAAACUCCAGGAGGGAUAAUGAAUAACUCUUUCAUGAUUAACUAAUAUUUUGGAUCCACGAUAAAUUAAUAAUCAAAUAAGCAGCCUAUAACACCCCACAACAUGAGUGGAAACAACUAAUAAAUGCAGCAGAUGAUUUUAUCAGCUGGAGGAGGUUAAAUGAAUGCAAGAUAAAAUCAUGGAGUAAACCAGUCAAACAUGGAUCCCUAUACAUAUUUAAGAUGGAAAUAACAGAAAUACAAAUCUUGUAGAAGUAUUUAGGCCAACGGUGGCCAGUAAUUUCAAAAGAAUAAUCAACACAUUAUUGCUAAUAGUGCCUAUCUCUUAAACCAUAAAAAAGGAAACCAAACUCAGAAAAAUAAUAAUAAGAGCAUUUGCUCUUCUAAUGGAAGUGCUUUAGGGAGUGCUUCUUAGACUACUACAAUGACUGGUGUGAAAAGUCUAGGCGAGGUGAAAAACCCUUCUAUGUUUAUAUCUUGGAGAUUUUGUGAUAGGAAAUUAACAGAUUUGAAAGACAUUGGAUAAUUCAAAAAUUUGGCUGAACUUGAUAUCAGUGGAAAUCUUCUUCAAAAUGAUAUAUCAGAAUUAAGACAACUUUAAUUUCUCAGAAAACUAAAUCUUUCACAGAAUCAAAUACAUGAGCUAUAUCCUUUGCCCAUAAAUCUUGAAAUUCUUAAUAUUUCUAGCAACAAUAUAAAAUCUCUCAGCAAUGAAAUCACAAUGAAUCUUAAGAAUCUUACAACUUUAGACAUAAGUAAUAAUGGACUAGAAACUCUAGAAAAUUUCUAAAACUUAAAGAGACUUAAGAGAUUAAUUUCUAAAAAUAACCUUAUUAUUGAAACCAAUCAAUUGAAAGAUAUCACAACCCUAGUUGAUGUAGAUUUAGAGUAAAAUCCCUUAGAUUCACUAUCCAAGCUACUUUUGUCAUUCAUCAGUAAGAAUGACCUAUUAGUUUUAAAUUUAAAGUAAUCACCAAUUAUGCUUAUGAUAAACAACUAUGAUCAGCUAUUGUUAGAAGUGUAAAAUUAAUAAAAUGGAAAGGAUGAAUUAAAACUCUGGAUUGCUCAGAAGAUGAAGUUCCUUAACAAUGGAUGUCUCUAUAAAACUAAAAGAGUGUUUAUGAAAAUUAAGACUAUGUAAUAACAUUCAAAGAGAAGCUCAUCGAAUUUCAGUAACGGAAGUUCUUCUUGUGGAAGAUAUGCUGCUAAUACUGGUGGCAGAAUUAAUAAUGCUACUACUUAGUUUGGAAACUUUAACAACUCAAGUAUCAAUGCUUUCUCACCCCUUCUAAAUAAUACAGUGACAACCCCUAACUAUUAGCAUACUAAUCAAAGAUUUGAGGACAUUGAAUAGCUUUAUGACGAAAUACUUGAUGAAGAGGAGGAACUUGAAAGAAAGCAAAAUAAAGUAUAGAGGAAAAAAACUAAGAAGAAUUAAGAAGAUUUUAGUCAAGAUGAUGAUGAGGAUGAGUCUAUCUAUGAAGAUGAAGAUUACAUCAAUCCUUCAAUGAGUUGUGAUGAAGACAUUGACGAUCUUUAGUCUUAUAGGAAUAACGCAAAUCUCCAUAAUGAAUUCUUAAAUGAGAGCACAGCUGAUUUCAACAAGGAGAUCAAACAGAUUAAUCAAGAACUUAGAGAAUAACUUGGAACAGACUAUCUAAAUGAGAAUGCUAUUGGUAACUUAGAUCAUGUUUAGAGUUUACAUUCAAGUUAGUCAGUAAGCACAAAUAAAAAAAAUCCGAUCAGUUUCAAAUUAGACUUGAGUAAAUGUACUUAGUAGUAAUCUGAGGAGGAUGAUUUUGACAAUACAAAGGGAAAUAAUGAAGAGGAGGAGGAUUAGUUUGAUAUUCCAGGAUUAUAGUAUGUUAAAGUUACAGAUGACAGCUUCAGACAAUUAUAAAAGCAGCAAUCGCUAUAAUAAAGUAUAAGACUGAAUCAAGAAAAAGUUGCAUAAACUGAACCAUCUUAGAGAGAUACAAAGAAUAAUACUUUAAGAGAGUAUCCUUAGAAAACUAAUUAAAAGCAUGUAAUGAUUCCUAAGUUACAACUUGGAAUUUUAUAGUAAAAUCAGAGUAUUACUCAAAUCGCAAUAAAAUAAACGAUAAAUCAAUAACUCAGCUUGAAUAACUCCAAAAAGAGUUUAUAAAGUGUAAAGACUUACAUAAACGAUGAGGAAAAUUCUAAACGAGAUCAGCAAAAGUUGAUUUGCAAACCUAUUAUUGAAGAAUGCAUGGCUAAUAUUUGCAGUGAGCAAAGAAAAGAGCUGAAAAUUCUACAAAGAGACUAUCAAAUGAAUAUAAUGAGAUUAGUAAAUGAAAAUUAGCAACUUAAAUUCACAAUAGAUUAGAUAAAAGAUAUAUUCUGCUAUAAGUCUGAUAUGGCUUUGUUUCCGAAGUAUCUGAUCGAUCUCAGAGCCAGCACAGAAAAAGAACGAUUAAAUUUUAACGAAAAAAUAGGAUUACUUGAUCUUAAAAUUUAAGAGCUUGAAGCUCAAAUCAACAUAAGUUAAAAAAACAAAUAAAGCCAAAACUAUCAUGAAAUGUAUGAAGAGUCUUAGAGGGAGAUUCAGUUACUUUAAGAAAAGCUAUAAUAAAGAGAGAGCUAAUACUGUACCGAGAGACAGCUCGCUCAUGAUCUUUCAAGUUUUUAUGCUUAGAAUUAAUCUGAUCUGAAAAGAACUCAAAGUACAUAGCAGGAAAACUAGUAAAACAACUCAGCACUUUAACACUAGAUGAUUUUCAACAAACCUUAGUUCUUCUAUCAGAGCGAUGUAAAAACCUUUAAUAUAUCAGCAAGAAAAGAGGGGAGUCAUGAUAAUAAUUCAUCUGUAAUAGUAGAUAAUGUAGCCUAGUUCUCUAGAAAGCGUUUCAAUUGCGAUAUAAAAAAGAUAAAGAGACCAUAGUCAGUAGCUGGGCACCGAAAAUCCUCUUAUUGUAUCAAGAUAAAUAGCUUGCUUAGGGUUGACCAAUAAAACGGGAAUAACUAAAUUAGCAACAACAUUGAUGAACUUUAGUAUGCUAAUGAAUACGGUUCAACUUAAGAUUAUAAGACUCCAUUUGACUAGCCUCAGAAUGAAUCUGGUAAUAAAAAGGUUGGGUAGUAUAUUGAGAGACUUAAAGAGAGAAAUUCAAGUCUUUAAGAAAGAUUGAAUGGGUCUUUUGGAAGCAAUAACAAAACUUGCAUCACCAAAGUCUCUCCUAUAAACAUAUAAAAAGUUACAAUGAAUAUGACUCAGUAGUAGGAGUAGAUCUCAAACCCCUAUAUAAUAAGCCCCUCUUGUGAUGAGAAAUUCUAAUCAAUUCAAACUAAACAGCCUGGUGCGACAUAAAGAGUCUCAGUUUUCAAGGCAUCCAUAAUAAAUUAAAAGCAGUAGAAAGAGUAAACAGUAAUAAGAAAGAUCUCCAAUGUAGAUUCAAGUUCGAGUAUUAAUGAGUAUUCAAGCAGAGAGUACCAAAGUCAGCCUCAAAAUUAAUCUUUGAACGGUAGCAACGGACAACAACACUCAAAAACUUAGAGAAUUAAUGUCAAGAAGAUACAAUACAAUCAGUUCUUCUUGCAAAAUAUUAACACUUCUGCCUAGAAUACCAGCCAUGUUAACAGAGAUCUUAAUAACACAGCUAUGAGUGGCAUAGUCUCAAGAGGAGACAGUACUCAAGACUAUUAGAUAAAUCUUGCUCUGUCUGGAAAGAGAAAUAGCAAUCAUAAUAAUUUCAACACUAGCUUCCCAAACGCUAAUUCUAUCCAGAGUGUGCAAUCAAUAAACAAUGCUAAUUAUGGGAGUUAAACUCAACCUUUUAGCAAACCUCCCAGUGUGAAUUCAAUUCAAUCUUAGAAUGUGCAAAAUCUUAAUUGA